CUAAAAAGUGUGAAUUUGAGAAAAUUCGAUUUCCCGACCUUUCAAGACCUUUCACAGUGAAUUCAUGUACAGGAAUUUGUGUUUAAAUCCAUUGGAGAUGAAGGCAUGGUUCAAGGCGUGGUAGAGAAAACGGACUAUUUAUCAGAGGGCAAACAAGGCUUUGUCGAUAUUUGGAACUCAUGUCCAGUUUUGGAACAUGAAACAAAGCACACUAAGUAGCAAACGUAGAAGUGGUCGAUAAGGAUAUAUGCUGCUUUGUACAUUAUUUUAAAUGUAGCUUUUAUAUGAGUGGCGACAUUUAUACGCGAAUCGAUAUAUUUAAAUCGUUAGCGUUAAUAAAUCAAACCCUGAUACAUGUCUGUCAAGUUCCCUCCUCCCCCUCGUAACAUUCAGCCAAUAGCGUGAAAUGUGAAAGUUUUACGUGAUGACGCCACUGUCGUACGUCUGCCCACUUUUAUGGAACCCACUAGCCAUGAAGCUAGCAAUGACCGAUGUAUAAUAGUGAGUUUACACUGGGAUUUUACAAUAACAAAACAUUUAAAAAAAACAUUACUAAUAAUAACCUCGCUUGAGUGCAUUUCGCAACAAUUCGUAACAAAAGUGAGUUGUAAUUGCUUCGAGCCGAGUGGAGCUUUCAUGAGUCGAGCCGAGUGCUAGCAGGUGCUAGCCGGGCGGCGGAGGCUGAGCGUUCGCGGUAAUCAUCAUCAUGCCACUUCGGGCACGCGUGCACCGACGGCCGCCAACGCGUCAAGCCAUGUCGGAGUGAAUCGUGAGAGCGCGGACAGGAGCGAGAGGACCAGCGAGGGCGGGCGGCGGCUGGAGGGGAGCGUCUUGGGGACCGAUCGGACUACACCAGCAACCAUGGGUGAGCAGCCCAUCUUCAGCACGCGGGCGCACAUCUUCCAGAUCGACCCGACCACCAAGAAGAACUGGCUUUCCACCAGCAAACACGCCGUCACCGUCUCGUACUUUUUUGACAGCACCAGGAACGUUUACCGCAUCAUCAGCCUGGAAGGCGCCAAGGCCGUCAUCAACAGCACCAUCACCCCCAACAUGACCUUCACCAAGACCUCGCAGAAGUUCGGCCAGUGGGCCGACAGCCGCGCCAACACCGUCUACGGGCUGGGCUUCUCGUGCGAGGGCCACUUGAGCAAGUUUGCGGAAAAGUUUGCCGAGUUCAAGGAGGCGGCGAGACUUGCCAAGGAGAAAUCGCAGGAGAAGGCGGAGCUCACCAGCGCACCCCCGCAGGGCGGCACUGUCCGAAGGAGCGUGUUGCCCACGUCCAAGAAGGCGUCCCCGAGCCGCCCUUUGCCGUCGCCGCCGACGCCCGAGAGCAUGAACGGCGCAGAAGACGAGAGAGCAGCGGCGGACAGCCCUCAGCCCGCAGAGGCCCGAGCCGAACCCUCCCACAACGCACUUCCCGUCUCGCACAGUUCCUCCGGCAUCGGGCAGCACUUGGAGGUGGAGUUGGCGGCGUUGAAGGGCAACAACGCGAAGCUGACGGCAGCGCUGCUGGAAUCCACGGCCAACGUUAAGCAGUGGAAGCAGCAGCUGGCCGCCUACCAGGAGGAAGCCGAGCGGCUCCACAAACGGGUGACGGAGCUGGAGUGCGUGAGCGGCCAGAGCGCGGCGGCCAGAUCGGCAAAAACGGAGCUGAACCGCACCAUCGAGGAGACGGAGGCGGCGCUGAAGGCCAAGGAGGACGAGUUGGAGUGUCUCAAAGCAGAGGUGCAGAGUGCCAACCGCUUUCAGUCCCAAAGAGACUCGCUCGCGCAUAAGCUACAGGAAGUGGAGCGUCGUAACGAGGCGCUGGAGGUGCAGCUGGGCGAGCUGGAACGGCGGCUGAACGCCAACCUGCGGGAGCGCGAAGUCUUCCGCCAGAGUCUGCGCUCGCUGCUGCAGCUGCUCGACGGCAAGAUCUCGGAGCUGAGCCAGCUGCGCGACGCUCUCGCCAAGCUGCUGGAGUGCAGCUAAGGCCGCCCACCCAGCGCUGCUCCCGUGCCCGUCGGGUUGCGGCACGUGUGCACCUCGCCCGCGCCGCCAAUGCACUUGGGUCGCAACUCAAGCGCACCUGGGAUGCGGCUGUAUGGUAGCUCGUGCACACCCGGUGGGGUCCGUUCGAUCGCAGCUCGGAUGCACCCGGCAAAGCAACUCGAUUGCACCUCCGGUGCACCUGGGGAGGGAGGGGGGGGGGGGCUCGAUUGCCGCUCGACUGCCCCUCAGAUACACCACGGAGGUUGUCGAUUGCGGCUCAGAUGCAACCGGGGACGUCACUGGAACGCAGUUCAAUUGUGGGCGUCGCUUUUCACUGCCGCCAUCACGUCCCCGCAAUGUUUACAAACUUUUGACGCAUUUAUGGUACUCGCUCACCUUUUUUGCCACAUCCGCUCGGCUUGUUUACAGCAGCCAAGUGAACGGCUGGGAUCAUCAUGAAGCCUUUACUGCCGUCAUGUUUUUUUGUUUUGCUUGCUUAUCCAAUCAUCCAAGUCGGGAGGGCUCGCUUUUUACAAACGGCAUCAGCCGACUUAGCCAUUGGUGCGAGGACUUGACGACGGUACGCUGUUCUCUCGUAGGACCCGGGAGGGAGACGGCGAGCCGCCGAGCAGCAAUACAAAGACGACGCCGCGGCUGAGGCUUUAGGCCGGGCUUCGUCACUUUCAGGUACUUUGCUUUUCACCUUCUGUGGUGAAACCUUUGAGUGAAUUGAAGAAAUCAUUCUUUCCAAACUGGCAAUAUAUUUUUUAACUAUUUGUCAAGUAACUAAAGCUAGUUAGACCCACUUUUUUUUUCUUUCCCAAACGUUUUCUCUUCCCUCGACAAUUUUUUUUUCUCGCUGGCAUUGCCUUUUAUAGUCAGUUGCCAAAAAAAAAACGUCUGAGAAACACCUCGCGACUUUAAGGGCUUGUCGUCAAACGUAUUUGAAUUAAAAUGCUGAUGCUGACUAAUUGUCAUUUUGGAGUUUCAAAGUAAAAAGGCGAUUUAAAUUUGAGAUGUAUGCAUUUUUGGAAAUAAAAAGAAAAAUCACAGGA